UCCAUCCGUGCGCCGCCGCCCUGACGUCGACUCGGACGGGUCCACCUCCACCUCCCAGCUUGCUGGCAAUCCCCUCUUGCUCAUCCAGUUCGGAACUCGCCCAUCUUUACUAUGGCGCAACGACAACCCCUCAAGUGGGACAAGGUUCACCCAAAGCACAGCGAGCACUUUGCUGCCUUUCCCUCCCGUAGGUCCACUGUCAUGGGCUCCAGGGGCAUGGUCGCCUGCUCCCAGCCUCUCGCCGCUUCCGCUGGCAUAGCCAUCCUCGAAAAAGGAGGCAACGCGGCAGACGCCGCCGUCGCAGUCGCGGCAGCGCUCAACGUGACUGAACCUUGCAGCACCGGUAUCGGAGGCGACGCUUUCUGCCUCUUCUACGACGCAAAGACCAAGGAUAUCCGGGCGCUCAACGGCAGCGGCAGAACGCCAAAGGCCAUGCCCCUCGAGCGCCUCCGCGAGAGUGGCGUCCAAGGCGAACAGAUUCCUCUGACCAGUCCACACGCCGCGACGGUCCCCGGUGCAGCAUCCACGUGGGUCGACACGGUCCACCUCCUAGGUAGUGGAAACGUUCAGCUCAAGGACGUGUUGGCACCCGCGAUCCAGCUCGCAGAAAACGGGGUCCCAGUCCACGAGAUUGUGGCCGAGGCUUGGAAAGUAUCGGAAAAGACUAUCAAAGAGGCCAGUCCAAAUGCUAACGAGAUGCUGCUGCACGGCAAGGCUCCUCGUGCUGGCGAAAUCAUGGCGAUGCCCAACCUGGCUCGGACCUUCCGCGAGCUUGCCGAGCACGGAAAAGAUGGGUUCUACAAAGGCCGUGUCGCACAGGCCAUUGUCGACGUGCUUAAAUUGCGAGGAGGCGUGAUGGAGCUAGAGGACUUGGCUGCUCACGCCGAGAUUGGGACCGAGGAAGUGGAGCCGAUUCGAUACACCUACCACCACCCCGGUGACAAGGCAGGCACCGAAGGUGUGACAGUCUACGAGUGUCCUCCGAACGGCCAAGGUCUGACUGCCCUCCUCGCCUUGGGAAUCCUCGACGAGAUGCAGAAUUCCGGCCAAGUCAUUGAUCUGACGGAGGUCGAACACAAUUCGGCCGAAUAUCUUCAUGCUCUCAUCGAAGCCUUCCGCCUCGCCUUUGCCGACACGCGAUGGUACGUCGCUGAUCCGGAACACGGUGAUGUGCCCGUGCAAGACCUCCUCAGCAAGCAAUAUCUCCAAAAGCGCGCAGCGCUCUUUGAGCCUUCCAAAGCAACAGUCGAUGUGCGAAAAGGCAGUCCUGUAAAGACCAGCGACACGGUCUACUUUAGCGUCGUCGAUGAGGACGGCAACGCUUGCUCUUUCAUCAAUUCAAACUAUGUGGGGUUCGGGACAGCGAUCAUUCCGAAAGGCUGCGGCUUUACUCUACAGAACCGCGGCGCAGGCUUUGUGCUGCAAGAAGGUCACCCCAACUGUUUCGCUCCGUCGAAACGGCCCUAUCACACUAUCAUUCCAGCUUUGGCGCUACGAGGUGACCAGCUUUUCCUCAGCUAUGGAGUAAUGGGCGGAUUCAUGCAGCCACAAGGACACGUGCAAGUCUUGCUCAACAUUCUGCAUCGGGGCUUCACGCCGCAGGCUGCACUUGAUGCGCCGCGCUUCUGCAUCGGCGCCGGCAUGCCGGACCAAACGGGCUCGAUCGACUCGCACGUUUAUCUGGAAGAAGGUAUCAAACCGGAAGUGGUGGAGAAGUUGCGGCAGAUGGGCCACAACGUCAAGCUCAUCCAGGGCUGGGGGCGAGACAUAUUCGGCCGUGGACAGGUCAUUCAGAAGCUAGACGACCCAACAGGCAAACUGGUCUGGGCAGGCGGUAGUGAUAUGCGAGCGGACGGCCAGGUCAUUGCUCAGCUGUGAUCAAUAACAUCGUCAAAUGGAAACCAUAGUGUAACUUAUUCCGGCUGCCGCUAAUCGAGCGCGAUCAAAGUGGUUUCGCACUUG